CUCCAUGUUUGUUUACCUUUGCAGACCGUUUCGUUCACCUCGCGAAUCACUAAUUGAUAUAUGUUUGACCGGAAUGGAAGUCAGAGGCAGAAUGACAUAGUUUAGUUUAAAACAUUAUACUUUUCAAGUAGGGGAUAAUUGUAUUUUUCUUUUGAUUGAUGUCGGCUUGUUUCGAGGUGUAGUCCGCGCACAUGCUGUUUAGAUGAACCUGACGAGCUGGCGAAAUCGAAACGUCAUUUGCCUACAUCUAUUGACCGAUUAUUUUCUUCCUCAUAGCUACUUAUUUUAGUUCGCUGAAUACUUCUACUUGACAUCUUACUGUUUGAACUGCACCAGUCGAUCCCUUUAUAAAUUCUCUGAAGAUAUGGGAAAUACGACUCCAAAGGGUCGCCAUGCGUCUGGAGAUGAUAUGGGGCCAUCUUUAACAGCUGGUCGGUAUCUGAACGAUUCCGGAUCGUUCGACCCUCCAGAUGUCCUUCCACCAAACUUUCGGAGAGCCAGAGCUGCCACCACACAAAGUCAGGGUGACCCUGAAAACCUUAAGGAGAAGUUAUUACCUACAGUGUUCAAAUGGGAGGGAGGUGGCAAGGAAGUGUACAUUUCAGGCUCAUUCAACCAGUGGCGACAAAAGAUACCACUUGCCAAAAGCCAUGGUGAUUUUUUUGCAAUUGUGAAUAUAGAGGAAGGAGAUCAUCAAUAUAAGUUUUUUGUUGAUGGUCAGUGGGUGCACAAUCCUAACGAGCCUACUGUAGAAAAUACUGUUGGUACCUUGAAUAAUGUAGUCAACGUGAAAAAAUCUGACUUUGAAGUGUUUGAAGCAUUAGCACUGGAUAGUAAAAAUACCAACAGUGCCAAACGACAUGACAUAAGUGGUCCACAAAAUGAAUAUGGACAGGAAGUCCCCCCAAGACGGCCGGGAGAAAAACACAGUGGGCCCCCAAUACUACCUCCUCAUUUGCUCCAGGUGAUACUCAACAAGGACACACCGGCUCAUUGUGAGCCCACCCUGCUGCCUGAACCCAACCAUGUGAUGUUAAACCAUCUUUAUGCAUUAUCAAUAAAGGAUGGUGUGAUGGUGCUAAGUGGUACCCAUAGAUUCAGGAAAAAGUAUGUGACUACUCUACUAUACAAACCAAUCUAGCUUCUGUGUUUAAUUAAUUGUAUCUGAAUCUUGUCAGAUUGACAGCUGUUUUAGGAAUAUUUUAUAAACCAAGGAAUCGAAGAGGAUGAGAACCGAUGUGGUGGUCAUUGUCUAGUUGCCACAACUAGACGUUCUGUAUAUAGCUUAGACCAAGUAAACUUGAAUGCUAGUUGUGCAAAUAUAUAAUAUUUGAGUGUGUGUAUGACGGGGAGAGAUUGUAAGCUUGAGUAAGAAUUUGGAAAGAAAGUUGUAGUUUUGUUUUAUGUAUGAUUGUGAUAUAUGUAUAUAUAAGGGUUGUAAAUUGUAAAUAUUUAGAUGUCAACAACAGACUUACUGAAUCAACUAGACUUUGUUUUUAUCUGACACAAAGUGACAGUCAUAUCAGAAUUAUAGGGUGUAGAAAUGUCACGGAUGUACUGACAGAUGACACAGGGUGCAUACAAUCUGGAAAUGUCCUUGAACUUUGCUCUGUGGCCUUGAAAAGCCUUGAAUCCUGGCCUGUGACCUUGGGGAGUCCUUGAAUUUGGCUAUAUAUAUGGCCUUGAAAAGUUUUGAAUCCUUGGCUUUGACAUCAAGUAGUCCUUGAACUUUGCUAUAUGGCCUUGAAAAGUUUUGAAUUCUGACCUAUGACCUUGGGAAGUCCUUGAAUUUAUUAUAUUGCCUUAAAAAGUUUUGAAUCCUGACCUGUGACCUUGAGGAGUCCUUGAAUAUACGAUUAAGUGUGUUAUAUAUUUAAUUAUGCAGAGAUGUGAAUAUUGAAAAAUAUACUUUCAAUCAAAUUUUUUUAAGAAUUAUUAUUUGUUGAGUAGGUGCACAACCAGAUAGAAAGUAAAUUGCAUUUUGUUUCUCUAAUUAAUAGUCCACAGUAAAAUUGUCAAACAUUGAAAUCAUGCAUGAAAAAUGGAAUCCAUUGGAUUUUCAAAAAUAGUUGUAAAAUGUAUUUUAUUUUGCAUGAAAAGUUCCCUAAAAAAUUAAAUUAGGACUUUGAAUGGCUUUGGAUUUGGUGUGACCAGAUUAGUAUGUACCCUGUGAUUGAGCCACACCAGGUGUCGGUCAUGUUUAAAGCUUCCUUUUUACAAGGAUUGGCUGUAAAGGAAGAAAAUGUCAUUGUAACACUUAACACACAAGUCCUGUAAUAAUUUAAUGUGAUAAGAAGUUAAUUCUACGAUGAAGAGAUAUGUUCGUACAUACUUGUUCAGUAAGUGCUGUCAUUCUGUGUUUGAACCAACAGAUGUUUAAAGGUACAUUGUUGUAAAGUGCUAAGAUAAAAUUAUAUUUACCAACCAAAGUUCUGUUUUAAUUUGUUCAAGCUGAAAUACUGUGAUAGAAGUAGAAACUCCCACGAGGUCUGUGUAAUGUUUUUAAAACUUACUUUACUCUUUGGCAGGCUUUGAUUAGACCAGAUUUUUAUGGUAAUUAUUCUAUUUAGAUAUUUACACUCACAAACAAAACAGAAUUAACCAAUCGUGCAAUAGCUUGAAAUUUUGUAUCAACAUCCAUAUGUUCAUCCUUCUUUUGAUUUUCUGAAAAUAAUCUUUUCUGUAUUCACAAGACUUGUAAAGCCAUUAUGUACCCGAUCAUCUGUUUACACUAAGACUUAACAUACCAGAUGGAUAGUGUUCAGUCUUGGUAAAGUUUCCAACACUAGUUUGGGUGGUAAUGAUAGUGGAGGGCCUUGCUGACAUGUGUAUUAUUUUAUCAAAUUAAAGUUCCUAAAUUCAUUGCAAUUUUCAAAUAUGCUAGAAUUCAACGACGUAAUCUUUAGAUUUGUUAAUUAUGAUUAUGAUUCUAUAAUUUGGACUGGUGAUAAUAUUGAAGAGUCAGUCAUCUGUAUUCCAAUGUACCUGUAUCUCAAAUUCCAAAUUCCAGUAUCAUGUAUUCCAGAUACCUGUAUUUUGUGUUUCAGAUACCUGUAUUUUGUGUUAUCGAUACCUGUUUCUAGCAUCUCAGAUACCUGUAUUUUGUGUUAUCGAUACCUGUUUCUAGCAUCUCAGAUACCUGUAUUUUGUGUUACUGAUACAUGUACCUGUAUUUUGUUUCCCAAAUACCUGUAGUUUGUGUUCAUGUACAUGUAUCUCAUGUCCCAGGUACCUGUAUUUUGUGUCCCAGGUACAUGUACCUGUAUUUUGUGAUACUGGUACCUGUAUUUUGCGAUACUGAUACAUGUGUCUUGUGUCCCAGGUACCUGAAUUUUGUGUUAAUGAUACCUGUAUCUCGUGUCCCAGGUACAUGUACCUGUAUUUUGUGAUACUGAUACCUGUACUUUGUGAUACUGAUACCUGUAUUUUGUGAUACUGAUACCUGUAUCUUGUGUCCCAGGUACCAUUAUUUUGUGAUACUGAUACCUGUAUCUUGUGUCUCAGAUACCUGUAUUUUGUGAUACUGAUACCUGUAUCUUGUGUCUCAGAUACCUGUAUUUUGUGAUACUGAUACCUGUAUCUCGUGUCCCAGGUACCUGUAUUUUGUGGUCGAGAUACCUGUGUGGACACCUGUAUUUUGUGAUACUGAUACCUGUAUCUUGUGUCUCAGAUACCUGUAUUUUGUGUGAUACUGAUACCUGUAUCUUGUGUCUCAGAUACCUGUAUUUUGUGGUCGAGAUACCUGUGUUUUUUUCUAUGUCUUGUUCUAUAUUGUCUCCUCUUUUGAUUUUUAAUGUGUCAAGUCUCAGUAUUAUGUGAAAGAGAUGAAACAAAAUAUGAUGCAUGUACCAGAAUAUUUGAUUAACAUUGAUUGAAUAACGAUUUCAAAUAUUUAUUUUUUGUUCUGAUUCGAUCAACAGCAUAUUCUUGCUAUAUAUUAAUUACGGUAGUUUUAAAUGAUAUUUGUCUUUUCCUCACUUGAACAAUUACCGGUAUAUGAGUUACUGCUACAGUGCUAUUGUUAAACACUGACUGGCACUGAUUGGUAACACUUGCAUUUGGUACACAAUAGGGCGUUUGUAAUAGUUGUAUAGUUAUGUCAGUCUGUAUAUAUUUACUCCAGAUUCAAGCUCUUUCAUAUGUAGUACAAUUGUGAUAGUAGAGAGAUGACAUCAUUGUAACCGUGACAACCAGUGCUUGUGUCUGAUUUUUGUUUGCCAAGAUGGUUUUAUGCCUUAUAAUUGUGAUUGGCAUUAAAUCUGUUGAUUUUUA